AUGUUUAGCUCUUUAUUACUGAGACCCAAGCACUCGGAUUACUUCCAACCCAUAAAGUUGGGAUCCAAAAAGAGCAAUAUAAACACACGGGUUCUUGUUGUGCCCGAAAAGGAGCUGCAAGUGCAAGUGGUUCACAACGACAACUCAAAUCUGCAUUCCACUCUUUCAAAAUUCUAUCUCAAUAAGGAUGGCACUUUGAACUACAAUAUGACAAUUGCUGCACAGGCAUCGGACCACAGAUUUCACUCCUCUUAUGAGGAUACCAUUCCUUUGAAAAAAAGAUUUCCAAACUUAAAGCACAGUUUCCCUAAACAAACCCUAGCUACCUGCCCAGAUGAUUCAGUUCAAAAAUGCGUGGAGGAAACUGAACUAGUAAUCAAACAGUUAAUCAGCCAACAAUCAGGUGAAGAUAACAAAGAAAGCACUCAGUAUGCCAAUGUAACAUCGUCUGAUGUAUUGGGUGAGGAACGGGGAAGAGAAAGACAAAUUCAGAUCAAGAAUUAUCAAGAGGAUCCAAUGCUACCCCCAAAGCAUAAAUUGAGAAAGAACAGACACACAGAACCAUCGCCACCUGCUCCAAUAUUAAAGAAUACUACCGGAUCUGAAAAGCUCACAAAGGAAGAACAAGCAAAGUGGAAAAUUCCUGCUGCAGUCUCAAAUUGGAAAAAUAGCCAAGGGUUUACCAUAUCCCUAGACAAAAGAAUGCAGGCAUCCACCUCCAAUGAGACACAUUCUGUGAACUUGAGCAAGUUGUCCGAGUUGACUUCUGCUUUGGAUGAUGCGGAAAAGCAGGCCAGAGAAGAUAUCAAAAUCAGAAACGAACUUAGAAAAGAGAUGAUGGCCCAACAAGAGAAAGAAAAAGAACUAAAGUUGAAGGAGCUUGCCGAGUUAACAAGAAACCAGAAUAACAAAAGACGACAUUACGAUUAUAAUGACGCUAAUAAGAGAAGCAGAUAUUGA